AUGGGCGACACCAAGAACAAGUACUCGGUUAUCCUACCCACCUACAACGAGCGGGAGAACCUCCCUAUUAUUGUCUGGCUAAUCCAGAAGACCUUUACCGAAAACAAGCUUGAUUGGGAAGUCGUUGUUGUCGACGACGGUUCCCCUGAUGGCACGCUCGAGAUCGCCAAGCAACUCCAGAAACUCUACGGCCCCGAACACAUCAACCUGAAGCCCCGCGAGGGCAAGCUCGGCCUCGGCACGGCCUACGUUCACGGUCUUGUUCACUGCACUGGCAACUAUGUGAUCAUCAUGGACGCCGACUUCAGCCACCACCCGAAGUUUAUUCCCGAGAUGGUCAAGAUCCAGAAGGAGACUGAUGCAGACAUCGUCACUGGCACCCGCUAUGCGACUCGUGGGGAUAUCAAGGGCGGUGUUUACGGCUGGGAUCUGUUCCGCAAGUUCACUUCGCGUACCGCCAACUUGAUCGCGGAUGUCAUGCUUAUGCCCGGCGUCAGCGACUUGACCGGUAGCUUCCGUCUGUACAAGAAGCAUGUUCUUGAGAAGGUCAUCACCAGUACUCAGUCCAAGGGCUAUAGCUUCCAGAUGGAGAUGAUGGUCCGAGCCAAGGCCAUGGGUUACAAAGUGGAGGAAUGCCCCAUCACAUUUGUGGACCGCAUUUACGGUGACAGCAAGCUGGGUGGAUCCGAGAUUGUCGAGUACCUUAAGGGUGUGUUCAAUCUCUGGCUGAAGGUUUAA